CAGUUUUAAUCCCUCCACAUUUUAGCACGGGGGACGUUGCCGUCCUUAACAGGCUUCAUGCGGCUCGUGACAGAGAGAGAAGCGUACACUGGGUGAAGGAUCCACCGAGGACCCGGGCUGGAUGCUCUCAGUUUAUCUCGGUGUGUGGUAGCCGCAAACCGGAGAUUUUGGUUUUAUUUUGCGCCAUGGCUUCGCAAGGCUUUUGGUCUCUGAACGCAGAAAACGGCGGGGAAAGCGGCGGCCAAAGUCCUGUUACAGCCAGGGCUUGGUGCCAAGCGGCGGCCCAGAAAUUCACCGGAGGCAUCGGAUCCAAAUUAUGUGCGUUGUUGAAUGUGGGAGAUGUGGAGAAAGGAGCGAAUGCACCCGGUAAACCGACUGCUGCAGAAAGCUGCAACUGCACUAGCAAACCCUGCAGCUGCCCCAAAGCCUCCAACAUGGGCUUCUCAGAGCUCUACUCUUCAGAUCUUUUACCGGCGUUAGAUGGAGAUUUGAAGACCAUGAAUUUUCUGCAGGAAGUGGUGGAUAUUUUGCUUGCUUACAUCGUGGAGUCUUUUGACAGAUCUACCAAAGUAAUUGAUUUUCAUUAUCCAAACGAACUGCUGCAGAGGAAUAACUGGGAGCUGUCGGAUGAACCUGAAACUCUGGAUGAUAUUUUGAUCAGCUGCAGAGCCACCCUCAAAUACGCCAUUAAAACAGCUCACCCCAGAUACUUCAAUCAGCUUUCUACUGGAUUAGACAUGGUCGGCCUGGCUGCAGACUGGCUAACGUCCACCGCCAACACCAACAUGUUCACUUAUGAGGUGGCUCCGGUGUUCGUCCUGUUGGAAUACGUCACCCUGAAGAAGAUGAGAGAGAUCAUUGGUUGGGAAGAUGGGAGAGGUGAUGGCAUUUUCUCUCCAGGUGGUGCCAUUUCCAAUAUGUACGCCAUGCUACUGGCCCGCUACAAGAUGUUUCCUGAGGUCAAAGAGAAGGGCAUGUCAUCAGUGCCAAAGCUGGCAGCCUUCACGUCCGAACAUAGUCAUUUCUCCAUCAAGAAAGGAGCUGCAGCUCUUGGAAUCGGUACAGAGAGUGUGAUCUGUAUCAAAGCUGAUGAGAGAGGAAAACUGAUCCCGUCUGAUCUGGAAAGAAGAAUAUUGGAGGCCAAGCAGAAGGGAUAUGUGCCAUUCUUUGUGAGUGCCACAGCUGGUACAACAGUCUACGGAGCAUUUGACCCACUGAUCGCAAUCGCAGACAUCUGUAAGAAGUACAACAUCUGGAUGCAUGUGGAUGGUGCCUGGGGAGGGAGCCUACUCAUGUCCAGAAAACACAGGUGGAAACUGAAUGGAGUCGAGAGGGCAAAUUCUAUGACUUGGAACCCCCAUAAGAUGAUGGCUGUACCACUUCAGUGCUCAGCUUUACUGGUCAGAGAGGAGGGUUUGAUGCAGAGCUGUAAUCAGAUGCAGGCAUGCUACCUGUUCCAGCAAGACAAACAGUACGAUCUAAGCUACGACACCGGAGACAAGGCCCUGCAGUGUGGACGCCAUGUGGACAUUUUUAAACUCUGGCUUAUGUGGAGAGCCAAGGGCACCAUUGGAUUUGAGGCUCAGAUUGAGAAAUGUUUGGAGCUGUCCGAAUAUCUCUACAACAAGAUCAGGGACAGAGAAGGCUACGAGAUGGUUUUUGAUGGAAAGCCUCAACACACCAACGUGUGUUUCUGGUACCUACCACCAGGAGUGCGCUACCUGGAGGACAAAGUGGAGAAGAUGAAGCGCCUGCACAAAGUUGCUCCUACAAUCAAAGCCAGAAUGAUGGAGUACGGCACAACCAUGGUGAGCUACCAGCCACAAGGGGACAAGGUCAACUUCUUCCGCAUGGUAAUCUCCAACCCGGCUGCCACCUUUGAGGACAUCGACUUUCUCAUUGAAGAGAUCGAGCGACUUGGGCAAGACCUGUAACACUGUAUUCAUUUACAAAGAGUAUUCUCUCUUUGGAUGGAUUACAUGUAUGUUGUGAACGUA